CGAGCUGGCCGGUUUGGGAGGCUUUGAGAGUGAGGAUAGUCACGGGAGGAGGAAGAGGCGAUGACAACUAGGGCCCACAUCUAGGUAAAAUAUCUGGAUGUUACAGGUACCUCGGCGGGGACCGCUCGUCGGACAUCUGCGUGUACGACCCCAUGAGCGGCGGCCGCACCUUCCUCCCCAGCCCGCCGGACAUCAGGAUCAGGGACAGGAAGGCUUCCGAGUACGGCGUGUACUACACGUACGUCCUGCUCACCGCCGCGGACGGCAUCGGUGGCAGUUCCUUCCUUGUCCUGGCCGCCGAUUUCACCGGGCUCGAGGCUCACUCGGCCAAUAUCACGGUGCAGACAGUGUCGUCGGACAACGCCGAUGGCACAUGUCCAUGGGGCCCGGCCACCAUGGUCGCACAUCCUCGUUCGCGGUGGUGCUCUCUCCAACCCCAGUGCAGCGCCGUCGUGCUCCGUGGACUCAUCCACUGGCUAAUGUACACGUACGACGAGGACGAGGACGAGGACGAGCCCUUCUACUUCAUGCUGGACGACCCUUUUGAAGAGCAGCACUUCUACAUCCACAUCCUCACCUACGACGUCCGGACGGCGAUGGCAGGGUCGAUCGAGGUCCCAAAGCGCGCCCUGCCCCAAUACUGCAAAGUCUCCAAUCUCCACCUGGCGUCGUCCCCGGACGGGAGGCUGAGCUUGCACGUCGCGAACAAGCUCAAGAUAUCCGUUUGGCUGCAGCGGCCUGCCGGCGCCGGCGGCUGGUCGCGGCACGCCGUGAUCGACAUAGCGACGACGGCAAGGUCUCUGACGCCGCCGGGCACGCCGUAUUACUGGUGGCUUAAAGGGGCGGUUGACAUUGCGAGCUCGGGGGCGAGGAGCGGCGCCAUCUUGCUGCGGCCCUUUACCGGCGACGACUGGCCUACUGAUAAGGUGGAGGAAGAGGAAGAGGUUGAUGGAGCGCUCGCCGUCCUCGACAUGGAGACGAAGGAGCUGCGCCGCAGGGUAAUCAAGAAGAAGCAUAUUACGCUCUUCCCGUAUGAAAUUGAUUUGGAGGCGCGAUUGUCUGCCAUGAAAAUGUUCUAGGUACCAGAAACUUAAUACUUGCUUUAUCAGGAAAAAAAAACUAACCUUGCGCUAAACCUUGUAAUAAGAAAUACGGAUUAUUUGUGCAUCGUUGCGCUUGCCAUACUGCAAAGGCGUAAUCAUUAACAAUUUGGGUAUGGUGAUAUGGUAAGAAGAUCAAGCAUGCGGAAUGGAGGCAUGGUUCCACUCCAUAGAUGCGGAGGGUUAACAGGAAGGAGAAUGGGUUAACGUACGAGCUGGAUCUGGAGUCGCGGCUGUCAGCCAUGAAAACCUUCUAGUCUUCUACUAGGAUAUGCAAUACUAAGUUUGAUUACUGCGAAAAGUAAAUACUCAAUCGUGUAACUUGUAUUGCAUAUGAAGUUUCUUUUCUUAUAAUGAUUCGUGAAAAGUUUCCUUGCAUCCAUGUAAAGAAGGUUCGCAUCACGUGGCGAAUAAA